AUGUUGGUUGAGAUAUUUAAACAAUGUUCUGAAAUAGCUAGGGCCAAGACCAAUAUCACAAUUGACGCUUUCAUAGCUACUCAGUCAAUUCCUCCUCCCAUUCCUACUCUAAGAAUUGAGCAUGUUGAUAAAGGCACUUUAAUGAAGAAAACUGAUGACCUUCCCGAGCAGCCUCUGAUUCCUCCAUUCUUGGAAGUUUUCAUCACUCCAAUCGGACAACAAAUCAUUUCUUCUACUACCACUCCAAACGCCCCUUUGAAAGACAAAGGCAAGACAAUCCUUUUUGGAAGAAUCAACUAA